CUUUAGUCUUCAAAUAUGGGUGGAGCAUGCUCUGGAACAAAACAAUAAGCCAAAAAAUAGAAACUACAAUAAUAGGAAUUAAAUAUAGUUGAUUAACCAUAUUUGGAAGUAAAAUCUAUUCCCCAAAGUUAAUCAUCAUCAAGACCUCCUGAACAGAGAAGUGAAACUGGAUAAUCAGUUAAGGAUCUUCUAAUAUUAUACAAAAAAUUUACAGAUUUUUUAGGUUUAGUUGGGAAUUUAGAUCAUUUACCACAACAUACAAGGGAAUAAUUGAAUAAUUGUAUUAUUUAGAGAUCUAAUAUAAAUAUUCUUAUUUAGAAUAGUAUCAAAAGAAUUAUGAGAGAAUAGUAAAUAAUCAAAAGGGUCGAAGAGAGCGAUUAUUAUUUAAUUCAUAAUGAUGAGAAAUUUGCCAUAACAUUUACAUAAAUAAUGUAAAAAAUAUCAACCAUUAUAUUAACUGAACUGAAAGAUGACUAAGACUUUUAGGAAGCAUUUCCUAUGCUUAUUGUUUCAUUCGUAGAUUUAGCCUAACAGAUUAGUAAUGUCAUAGAAAAUUUUUAAAAUUUCAAAACUCUCUCGUCUAAAAAAUAAAUAACAAAACAAUACUUUUCGUAAGAGAGCAAUUAUCAAAAGACAACCAAUAAGAUAUCUUUGUAAUAGUGAAUAUAUCUAUCAUAUUUAAAUU